GAUCAGCGGCAAAAUUAAAACCAUAAAUUGAUAAAAACGUCCUCUCCACGAUGAAUUCUAAGCCUAAGGCAUUGAAAAUCUUGGUUAGUGGAGACGUGGAGGGUAACUUUGACAAACUGUUUGGUCGAGUCAAUGCUAUACAGAAGAAAAGUGGCAGCUUUGAUUUACUGCUGUGUGUAGGAGAAUUUUUUGGGAAGACCAAUACUGAGUGGGAGAAAUACAAAUCGGGGCAAAGUAAAGUGCCCAUUCCUACGUUAAUACUGGGACCUUGUGAUUCCUCUCUGUCAGAUGUAUACCAGAACAACAAAGAUGGCCUAGAAUUGUGUGAUAAUGUGACCUAUUUGGGAAGGAGAGGAACCUUUACAGGAAGUUCCGGUCUCUCCCUGGCGUACCUCAGCGGUGUGGAGGGGGAGAGGUCGGACAUGGUCCACUUCUCCAGUGAGGACGUAUCUACCCUUCUGUUACCAGUAGAGAGUGACACAAAGUUCCGAGGAGUUGAUAUCUUACUGACUUCACAGUGGCCCAAAAAUCCCAGCAAAUACGCUUCCAAUGUGGAAGUUGACACAGAGACAUGUGGAUCCAGUCUGAUUUCACAACUAGCCAUAUGGCUGAAGCCUCGAUAUCAUUUCUGUGGGUGUGAGGAUGUAUUUUAUGAGAGACAGCCUUACAGAAACCACAAGGUUUUGGCCGAGAAAGAGAAGCAUGUUACAAGAUUUAUUUCCCUUGCCAAAGUCAACUCCUCUCAAAAGAAAAAGUAUCUGUAUGCCUUUAAUAUAACACCGAUGUGUAAUAUGGAGGAAGGUGAAUUAACAAAACAGCCCCCUGAUGUCACAGAAUGUCCUUAUCCUAAAGAAUCACUGGGAAAACUUGUAAAGGAGGAAUCAACACAACAGUUUUUCUUUGGUGAUACAAAAUCCUCAGAUAAAGGGAAAAAAAGGCCGAGGGAAGAAAAACUGGAACCAGGAUCUCAUAAAAAACAUCCCCGCCCUUCAGGGCCCUGUUGGUUCUGUCUGGGGUCCCCAGAGGUGGAGAAACAUUUAGUUGUCAGUGUGGGAACAGAGUGCUACUUGGCCUUGGCUAAGGGGGGUUUAGUUCAAGACCACACCCUAAUUCUGCCCAUUGGUCAUCAUCAAUCCAUGGUUCUGGCUCCAGAUGAUGUCCGAGAAGAAAUAGACAAGUACAAAAAAGCACUAGCCAAGUUUUACAAACAGACCAACAGAAGUGUCAUCUUUUUUGAAAGAAACUACAAGACACAACAUUUGCAGAUUCAGGCUGUUCCCUUUCCUGAUUACCUUAAACAAGAAGCCAAGGAAAGUUUCAUGGAGUGUGCUGAGUCAGAGUCAAUCAACCUUGAUGAAAUUCCCAAACAUUCUGAUCUUAAACAGAUUGUUCCAGUAGGUGCUCCCUACUUUUACACAGAACUUCCAACAGGAGAAAAACUUUUACAUCGGAUUUCAAAAAAUUUCCCACUCCAGUUUGGCAGAGAGGUAUUGGCCAGCGUCCAUCUGUUGAACAUGCCAGAGAGAGUUGACUGGAAAGUGUGUAAACUUCGCCGCGAAGAAGAGGAAAUUCAUGCCGAGGAAUUCAGAAAUAAAUUUGAACAGUUUGAUUUUAACUUACAGUGACUUAAUUACUUUCAUUCUGAGGAGGAUGAAUUUUACCGUUUUAAUGUGCAAUAGGAUGUAGUAUUGUAACCUUUCAAUUAGACUAAAAGAAAAUGAAAUAUCUUUUAAAAAAAAAUUAUGAAAACCUUUGAACAUUUGCACAAGAUUUCAGAGUUGACUUCUUUUCGAAAGACACCUUAAGUAACAAUGUAUACUGAAAUGCAAAGAAGACAUGAAAUAAAACAUAAAACCUUAUUGUUUUUCUAGUAACUGCAGUGCAUGAAAUAAAUCUUAUCUAUAAAUACUGAUUUAAUAUACUUCAA